AUGAAGUCCACAUUCUUUUCCCUCGCCCUCGCGGGCCUCAGCUCCAUGGUCGACGCCAGCCCUGUCACCAUGAAGCCGCGCGGUGUUGCCGGAAAGCGCGGUCUUGCUUUCCCCAAGCAGGCCUCCACCGGCGUCGCUGGAUCGACAUACACACAAAACUUCAAAAACUACCCCCAGAUCACCUGGAUGUACGACUGGGAGGCCGUCAUCGACGGCGAGGCUCUCGACGUCGAAUUCGUGCCCCAGCUCCACUCAGGCGAGUCGUGGUGCGCCGACGGAUGGGCUGCCAACGUCGCCGCCGCACAGAAGAAAUACAAGGUCUCGCACGUGCUGUCCUUCAACGAGCCAGAUCAGUCUGGUGGCGGUGGCACAAACAUGGCCGUUUCAGACGCAGUCUCCACACACAAGAAAUACAUCCAACCGCUCGCAGCACAGGGUCUCCGCAUCGGGUCCCCCGCCGUAACCAACGGCGCGGAGGCCGGCAAGGGCCUCAGCUACCUCUCCUCCUUCAUGGCCGGCUGCACGGGGUGCCAAAUCGACUUUGUAACCGCGCACUGGUACGCGUGGGCCAAGGCCGAAGACUUCAAGACAUACUUCACAAACAUGCACAAGCAGUUCGGCAAGCCCAUCUGGAUCACCGAGUUCGGCGUCAGCGAGGGCGACGCCGACGCUUUCCUCGCUGAGGUCCUGCCCUGGUUGGACCAGCAGAGCUGGAUCGAGCGCUAUGCGUAUUUCAUGGCUGCGCCUGCUGCUGGCGCGGAGAAGUACCUUGUUUCUGCUGCUGGCGCGUUGUCUAGCACCGGCAAGGUUUAUGCUGAGACGGCGUCGUAUUAG